CAAAACGACGAAUCAUGAGAUGGUGGAAACGCCACAAGAAGAAACACCAAUUUUAGCUGCUGAGUCAACACCGCAGCCACCUCCUCCGCCGGGAGACGGCGGCGGUGGAGGAGGAUGGGGCGGUGGCUGGGGAUUUUCUGCGUUUUCUUAUCUUACGGACCUUCAGAAGGCUGCUACUGUUGCUGCUGAAGAGAUAUCCCGCAAUGGUUUGAAAGUUAUUGACCAUUCAGUCGAGAAUUUUGCUUCAGGAGCUUGGCAAGCAUUAGGAAACACAAUCAAAGGAGGUUCAGAUUUAGUCCACAAGCUUGAGAAUUCAGCUGUAGAUAUUGCAGAAUCAAUUCAGCAUGGUGGUUUACCUGCCACAACCGGUUCCGUUGGACCAUCGAUACUAGAGACUGGAAAAACUUUCACUGCUAAAGGAAUGGAAGUGAUUGAGCUGCUGGGGAGAGAAACUAUGGAUCUUCUGAUUGCAGAAACUGGUAUUAAUGUUGACAAGAUCUCCAAAGAUGCUGAAGGGAAAAUAGAUGAAGAUCAGUAUUUUGAGGAAGUCACAUUUGACCGAUGCUUUUAUAUUUAUGGUGGUCCCGAGCAUUUGGAGGAGCUGGUGGCAUUGUCCAACCAUUAUGUGAUGCUGUUCAACCGAAAAAAAGCAAAACUUCCAUCUGAUCAAAGGUCUUCGUACGAUGGAAAGCUUAAAGAGGUUCAGCAGAUUUUUGACUUAGUUCUGAAGUAGAUGGAAGUGAUAUAGAGUUGGAAAAAGGGAAGAAAGUUGAGACUGGAACCUGGGAUAGCACGGAUGAGGUGAAGAAAUUGCAUGAUUCUAGUGUGAGCAAAGCUGCAGAAUUGGCAGCAGGGUAACAUCAAGCUCUGAUAUGCUCUAUCUGCUUGCUUUUCUCUACUAUUUUCCUUGUUUGUGGCAGGGGUAUCAGUGGUUCUAAGGGCCCAAAAAGAGUCCCCUUGAUUGCUCAACAUUUUGGGAAGUAAAUUUUAUUUGUGUGAGGAGCCAAGCGCUAAGACACUGCUGCACACUACAAAAUUAACCCCCAAAUAAAAAAGUGACCCGAGUUCCCUAUUACAGCAGCAAAACCGGCUGCAGUUUAUGGAACAGGUCACAAGUGCAGUGUACUAAUGAAUUCUACCAUGCUUCGAUCAUUAUAGACAUUAUAGCCUUUGACAACACUGCUUCCACCAAAGUAAGGAUGUAGAUAUUAAGCACUUCUCAAGUUUUUCUUAAGUUCGUAGGAAGAUUUGAACUUAGAGUUGUAACCUUAAAUUCCAUAUGGAACCUUUAAUUUUGCCUGCUCCUCAAGUAU